GCAAGCUUUGCCCUGCUCUUUCACAACAGAACUUUUUUUAAAGAUUAAAUUAUCAGCAACGUCAGCAAAGAGCACGUGAGGCUGUUCUUCCUGGAUCUGGGUUGGAUUUCCUUCACAAGCAACACUGUCUUCUGCCUUCGAAAGGUUUCCAAGAUGCUGUUUCAGGUGCUCUCUGCCAUCCAGGAGGCUGUAUCUCAGCCAGAGUUUCUUUUGUUCCUAUUUAUAUUUCUGAUCAUUGCUGAUUACAGGAAAAGGAGACGUCCAAAGGAUUUUCCUCCCGGGCCGCUGCCCGUUCCUUUCUUGGGCAAUAUGCUCAAUGUGCUUUUUGAGAAGCCUCAUAUUGCUAUACAAAAGCUCGCAGAAAAAUAUGGCAGAAUCUUCAGCAUGCAGGGUGGAAACACGUGGGUUGUGAUUGUAAAUGGAUUGCCUCUGGUGAAGGAAGUUCUUAUUCAUCAAGGAGAAAAUUUUGUAGAUCGUCCAAUAUUUCCAAUUACGGAUAAGGUUGUUGGUGCAAAUGGAUUGCUCAACACUAAUGGAAAUACCUGGAAACAACAAAGACGAUUUGCCUUAUCAACUCUCAGGAACUUUGGUUUGGGGAAGAGAAGUUUAGAAGAACGGAUACAGGAGGAGACCAGAUACCUUACUGAUGCAAUUGAAGAUGAGAAAGGUCAGCCAUUUGACCCUCAUUUUCAGAUUAAUAAUGCUGUUUCGAAUAUCAUCUGUUCAAUCACUUUUGGGGAUCGCUAUGAUUACCAUGACAGCAAAUUCCAGGAGUUACUACAUUUAGUUGAUGAGGCACUCUACCUUCAGGCGAGCGUUUGGGGUCAGGUAUACAAUACCUUUCCAACCAUAAUGACAUACUUGCCAGGACCCCAUCAGGCUUUUUUUAAAAAGUGGGGGGAAAUGAAAUCCUUUGUAAAAGACAUCAUUGAAAAACACAAAGAAGCCUGGAGCCCAUCUCAAACAAGAGAUUUCAUUGAUGCUUACCUAAAUGAAAUGGUCAAGGAGGAUACCACUUCAAGUUUCCAUGAAGCAAAUCUGUUGUGUUCCACAUUAGAUCUGUUUUUUGCUGGGACAGAGACAACUUCCACAACUUUGCGUUGGGCUUUACUGUACAUGGCCAUUUAUCCAGAAGUUCAAGCAAAAGUACAAGCUGAAAUAGACUCUGUGAUUGGCCAGUCUCGCCAUCCAGCAAUGAAUGACAGGGACCACAUGCCCUAUACCAAUGCAGUUAUUCAUGAGACUCAAAGAAAGAGCAACAUUUUCCCUUUGAAUGCACCACGGAUGACAAGUCGUGACACCACGCUGGCUGGAUUUCAUUUGCCAAAAGGAACUGUUUUAAUCCCUUUCUUGACAUCAGUGCUUUUCGAUAAGGAUGAGUGGGAAACUCCUAAUGACUUUAAUCCUGGCCAUUUCUUUGAAAAUGGUCAGUUCAGGAAGAGGGAAGCAUUUCUGCCAUUCUCUGCAGGAAAGCGAGCUUGUCUUGGAGAGCAGCUGGCCAGGACAGAGCUUUUUCUUUUCUUCACUGCCCUCCUUCAGAAAUUCACUUUCCAGGCUCCAAAGGAUGUGAAAUUAAGCCUUGACUACAGAACAGGAACCACACUGUCCCCCCAGCCUUACCACAUUUGUGCACUUUCUCGUUAAGAGAAGCAAUUUCUGCCAUGGCUCUCCACAGAAUUAAUUUUAACUGAUAACAUUCCCUCAAUUCCUAUUCUUAGGGCUUAUUUGCUUCUCUGAGGGAGGGUUAUCUGCAGUUUAAACUGAAAUAGCAUACAAUGUAGUUAGACCAGAGUGGUUGAUAACUAGGGCUUCCAGAUGACUGCUUAUGGGUGGCAAUCUCCCUGGAAUCCCUGCUUCUGCCAGCUGGUUAGGGGGAGGAAGCAAGCCAGAAGGGGGGCAUACAACCAGCAGCCUUGCGCAAUUACAGUGGAAGUGACAGCCAAAUGCUAGAGAAUCAGCUCCAGCUCGACACUGUUGCUUCUGGGUUGCAGGGAUGCCAAUCUCUCCCCACAUUAGACAUUUCAUACCUUUCCCCUUCUCCUGCCAAAUGCCAUGGAGGAGAGGGGCUGGCAUUUCUUAGCAGACUUUUUACGGGGCCGUUUGCCAUUGCCUUCCCCAGUCAUCCACAUUUUACCCCCAGGAACCUGGGUUCUCAUUUUACCGACCUCUGAAGGAUGGAAGACUGAGUCAACCUUGACCUGGCUACCUGAACCUGGCUUCUGCCAGGUCAUGAGCACAGCUUAGACUGCAGUCUACCACUCUGUGCCACUACCAAUAAAUAUAUUUAAAACUAUUUACAAGUAACACAGUUUUUUCUGGGGUCAUUAAAUUAUACUGUUUCAGUUGUAGACUCCUGGGUUUCUCACUAUAUGUGUGAGCUCCUGUCACAGACUACAAAUCUUUAGCCAGCUUCCCUCAGAAACUGACCCCUGAUACAGCUACAGUCCCUUCCUCAAGCAUUCACUAAUGCUAGCAGGCUGUUGGGGAUAUAGCUAGAACUAUAGGGGGACUGUUGCUGGAUUUGGCCAAGAAAGUCAUAGAAGGUAUCUUUGCACUCAGAAACAGAGCUAGCCCAGCCCCAUAGCUAGACAUGCCACAAGGGAAGUCUGGAGGCCUAGAACAGAACAGAGGUCCCUGAGAGAACUGUAGGAACCAGUCAGUUCCACAGUGAGCUAGGCGCAUUAAGAUGCUCAAGUGGUGCAUGAUCCCCCUCAACUCUCCUGCAAUGAGAUGUGAAGUGAGGGAAAAAAUCUAGGUAGACUAGUGUCUUCUACCUAUACAGCAAAGGGUCAAGUCAGGCUUUAAGCAGGCAGAGCAUUCCAGAUGAGUCAGAUCCCUGCCAGAGAGAGGGAAGGUGGAGGGGGAAUCACUCAUCAUCUGACGAGCAUCCAACAGGGCUUAGUCAGAACUGACAGUGAUUAGUCAGAACUGGUGGUCAGGGCCUCCUAUUUAGAUUCAAAAUGUGGCCCUCGGAACCGGGUCAGAUGGUUCAACAUAUCAGAUAGCUUUGCUAUUGGAUGCAAACAUCAGAACUGGAGUGAUGUUUCAAAUUGGCUGGCAGUUUCAUCGUGGCAGAUUUUGCUGCUGGAUCUGACCCUCAGAACUGGAAUUGACAGUUCAGGAUGGGCUGGUGGCUCCAAUGAGGCAGAUAACUCGCUGAUCUGGCCCUCGGAACCAGAGUUCACAGUUCAAGUGGGCAGGCGGCUUCAGCAUGGCAGAUAUCUUUGCUGCUGGCAUAUAUGAGCCAGGGACAGCCUUCUCUUAUAACACUGCUUGAACCAAAAAGGUCCCUUAUUCUGACUUAGGCAUGAACCUCUGGCAAAGUCUGCCUCCUGAAAAGUUAUGGAUUUCACCCAAAUGCAACAAACAACAACCAUUUCAUGAUGAGAGGCAUCUUUAUUUCAUAUUGUAAACAUUUCCUUUAACCUCUCCUAACAGUGGCAAAAAAACAACUGAUGUGCAGGAAAUUCCUGCACAUGAGUAGUAGGGGUCGAGCGCCCUCGUCUGAUCUUUUAGAGCAAAAGAAUCUUUUCCGGUUUGCAGACCUGCGUAUGCACGGUCCCAAUGUGGGACUGCACUGAAGACCAAAGACGAACCUCAGCUUUUCUUUCCCUGCCUACCUAUUUACCAACCCUGCCUGGUUAAUAAACCUGCUGUUUCCUUUUGAACUUUAUUCGACCUCUAGUGCCAUUUCAUUUAAAGAAGACAUGGACUUGUGCUUCUCCUCUACUAAAUAUUUGCGUUGGGAUAUAAGCCAAAAAUAUGUUUUAAGUAUGGAAAAAAGAAACUUAAGAUUAUACUCUGAGGUAUGCUACCAGAGGCUGUCCAGCCACAGCAAGCAAACUUGCCCAUUUUGGAGAGAAAAUUUGCCUCACAGUAGGGGAGUGGGUGGGGCUUAAGUCAUAUCAUGGUUUAUUAAUAAAGGCUUAGAAUAGAA